UAAAAGUAGAAAAGGCUUACAUCAAUUCGAACGCUUCCUGGAAAAUUCUAUUCCGAUUUAUGAAGAUGGCGUGGCCUAUGGUCAACCAACUGAUUCCGCCGUUCCUCGAGGAAGCUGAGGGACCAGUCUCUGCACGUUGGGAAAAAUGGCGUGAACAGUUUGAGGCUUAUCUGGCAUGGAAAGAUGUGGACGAUCAAGAAGCGAAAUUCAAAACCCUUAUGAUGUUCGGUGGACCCGAUAUCCGAAAUGUAGUGAAACAAGUUGAAGUCGAUGAAAAACACGCUGUGGACAACCGUUAUCACGUUGCGAUGUCAAUCCUGGAUGACUAUUUCAUACCAAAACUAUCAAAAACGUAGGAGCGCCAGAAAUUUCACGAAAUGAAACCAACAGCCGGUGAAAAGUUUGACACGUUUGUCAACCGUCUGAAACGACAAGCAGCCUUCUGCGACUAUGGAGACCAACUAGAAAGCAUGGUGGUAGAUCAAAUAAUAACCACCACGGCGGACAAGAACCUGAAGCGUAAAUGUCUGGAGAAGGAUUACAAAUUCGAAGAGAUUCUUAAAAUUGGUCGCACCCACGAGUUAGUUCAAAUGCAGAUGAGUGAAUUGGAUAACCGGAAUGAAGCUGGUACUCUACAAGCAAUCAGUAUUACUGAGCCAGAGAAGAAUGAAGAUAUGGUUUUGAAGUUACGCUCUCGACCCGGUGGACCUCGGCGUUUCAGAUGUUUUCGAUGCAAUGGAAGACACGAUCCGAAAAGUUCAUCGUGCCCGGCCAGAGAACUGGAAUGCAGAAGCUGUGGGCAACGAGGGCAUUUCUCUCGAUGUUGCUUCCUGAAACGAAGAAAGCCAGUCAAACAACUAGCACAACCACCCCAUUUCGAAGCUCAUCAGAAAGCCAAGAGAUUCGUACGAGAAGUAUCUAGCGGCAGCGGAAACAUAACACAAGAUGUGGUGGAUCUUUUUCACCUCGGCACUAAGGGAAACCAAAUAUCAGUAUCAGUCGGAGGAGUCUGGGUUCAAUUUGUGAUCGACACUGGAGCAGAUGAGGAUGUCUUGAGCGAAACGGACUGGAUCAAGAUAAAACGAACUGGAUUUGACGCAUACUCUAUUCGAAGAGGAAGCACAAAAGUAUUCAAAGCAUAUGGCUCGAACACACCGUUAAAGAUCCUAGGCGAAGUUGACUCGACUGUUGCGGUUGACGGGAAAACCAUCGAUACUACGUUAUACGUAAUCCAGAGCGGCAAAUGUUCACUUCUCUCGAGUGAUACAGCAAUAAAACUUGGAUUGAUCAAAUUUUUGCGGACAGUUGACAAAGAAACAUUUCCACAUAUUACAGGCAUUGUUGCAAAUAUAAAAAUUGACAAAAAAAGUUCCUCCAGUCCGCCAAAGCUUACGUCGCAUACCAUUUCCGCUUGAAGAAAUGACUUUGACAAAACUUAAAAGCUUAGAAAAGCUAGACAUUAUUGAGCGCGUUAGUGAAGCAUCAGAAUGGGUUUCACCGAUGCUGGUUAAGCGAAAAAGCUCUGGUGAGAUCCGAAACAUCGUUGACCUCCGGGAGGCCAAUAAGGCCAUAAUAAGAGAAGUUCAUCCGCUCCCAACACUAGAACAAAUUAC